AUGUUAGCGGACGAAAAGAAUAUCAUCAGCGAUGAAGUGAACGAUGUCGGCUCUUUGGAGAAUGGGUCCGUCCGCGAGAAAUCGGUCAAUGAAGCUGAUAUAGAUCAAGUCCAAUAUACAGCUGAGGAAGAAAAGGCGGUCCUUCGUAAAAUUGACCGUCAUCUUUUGCCGCUAAUUUGCUUCAUAUAUUUUGCCCAGUACCUUGACAAACAAUCUUUGACCUACACAGCGGUUUUCGGUUUGAAGAAGGAUUUGAAGAUGGUUGGGACGGACUAUUCCUGGUGUACUACCAUUUUUUACUUGGGCCAGUUGGGAGCAAAUUUCGUUUUGGCCUAUUUGAUGACAAUUAUUCCAAGAGCGCCGCUGACUGGUGCCUGUGUUGUGAUUUGGUCCGUAUGUUGUAUGUGUUUGGCGGCGCCAAAUACUAAACAAGGAUUUUGGGUCGGGAGACUUUUCUUGGGGAUAUUUGAAGCUGCUGUACAGCCGGCCUGUGUUAUGAUCACGACUUACUGGUAUAGAAAGAGAGAACAACCACUGAGAACCGCUAUUUACAUCUCCAUGAACGCACUGGCGCAAAUUAUUGGAUGUUAUAUUAUGUAUGGCAUUGGUAAAACUAAUAGUGCGAAUAUUGCAGAUUGGAGGGUCAUGUUCUUGAUUUGUGGCGCGUUGUCAUUACUAGCUGGACUUUUGUUCUACUUCUUGCUCCCAGCUUCGCCCAAGGUUGCGUGGUUUCUCACAGAGAGGGAAAGAGAAAUUGCUUUGAAAAGAAUCCAUGAGGAAAACGACAGAAGUGCACUUAACAAGUUCGAAUUUGAUCAAUUAAAAGAAUGUUUGAAAUUUGACUGGCUCUUUAUGAGUUCUUUCGCAUUCGGGUUUCUCGUUACUGUAACAAGUGGGCCUAUCAUUUUUCAAUCUCUACUUCUGGCAAGUUUUGGUUACGACAAAUGGGAUACCAUGAAAUAUGGUUCGCCAGCAGGUGCUCUUCAGCUUCUCUUCAUAUGGGUCGGUGUAUUGGCAGUCAGGCUUAUUCCUAAAGAGCGUGCCAUGAUCUCUGCUUGUUUGGUGGGCAUUCCAUUAGCUGGGACAAUCAUGUUGCUAUGUCUCAAAAAGAGCAGUGGAUGGUGGAUGAUUGUUGCUUCUUGGAUGUCUUCAAUUAUCACUUCUUUCAUGACGAUUAUAUUGAGCUUAAUCGCAAGUAACGUUAGAGGAAACACUAAAAAGUCGCUGUGUUCAAAUGCUUUUUAUGUUGGAUACUGUUUGGCAGCCAUUAUUUAUCCACAGUGGUGGACUGGCUCUUAUCGCGGCGGUCUUAUUGUCGUCGUUAUUAUGUGGAUCAUAAUGAUUCUUUUGCUAAUUUUCUACAGAUUUAAGGCCAUCUAUGAAAACAAAAAGAAGGAAAAAAUGGAACUUCAAACCGUUCAAACAGUAACAAUUGAUGAUGACCUUACCGACAAGGCCAACAUUCACCACAGAUAUGUCUAUUAA